CAUUCAACAAACACCACCGCAAAACUGAUGUGUCAUGCUUAAGUUAUCCUACACACAACACUAUAACAGCAACGGUAACAUUUGCCAUAAGUCUACACACGUACUUCACAAAAUUCGUAGGCGUGGGUCCUCUACAAACCUUCAGUGAUUUAGUCAGUGAUUUAGUCAGUAAAGUAUCUUUAAUUUUUAUUCAACCUCACAAUCACAUAGAAACUUUGCGCUACGUUUUACGGAUAAGCCCAUUUUUUAAAUAAAGUUUUUAUUUUGUUGUGUUGAAAUUUUGGAAGAUGGCUUCACCUCGAGUAGCUCUGGUCACAGGUAGCAACAAAGGCAUUGGGUUUGCCGCCGUACGGGCGCUAUGCAAGCAACUUGACAAUGGUGUUGUCUACCUCACAUCACGAAAUGAAGAAAGGGGUAAAGAAGCCGUGGCUAAACUCAACCAGGAAGGUCUCAAGCCUCAGUUUCAUCAGUUAGAUAUCGACGACCAAACCAGCGUGGACAGGCUCCGAGACUACUUGAAGAAAACAUACGGAGGUUUGGACGUUCUGAUCAACAAUGCAGGAAUUGCAUUCAAGGCUGCCGCAACUGAAUCAUUUGGCACCCAGGCAACCGUCACCAUGGCAACUAACUACACAUCAACAGUGUAUGUUUGCAAAGUCCUCAUUCCUCUAGUGAGACCGGGUGGAAGGGUAGUCAAUGUGGCCAGCAUGGCUGGAAAUUUUGCUUUCAAGAAACUGAGUGAGGAGAACAAAGAUCGUAUAAGAGCUGCCAAUACAGAGGAAGAUGUCGCACUUCUUAUGAAAGAAUUUGUUGAGAUUGCUAACCAAGGUGACCAUCUGAGCAAAGGCUGGCCGAACUCUGCAUACGGUACGACUAAACUUGGAGUUAUUGCUGCAACGAAGGCACUUGCACAGAAAAAACAGAAUGAGAAUCCUAAAGAUGACAUCCUUAUUAUGGCGUGCUGCCCUGGUUACGUGGAUACUGAUAUGUCAAGCCACAAGGGGCCAAAGACUCCAGAUGAAGGGGCUGAUACGCCAGUCUACUUGGCCAUGCUACCACCUGGCUCCGCAGGAUUCAAUGGCAACAUGUAUUCAGACAGAGCACUUGACAAUUCGUGGUAGAUUAAGAGCCGUAAACUGCCCUCUACCCCCCCCCCUUCUCUGGUUAUGCCGGUGCACAAUGGGAAAGGCUUCAGAUGAAGGGGCUGAUACGCCAGUCUACUUGUAUUCAGACUGAGCACUGGACAAUUCAUGGUAGAAGCGCCAGAACCUGCCCCACACACUCAACAUAUGCACAAAAUAACAAACCUGUGAAAAUUUGAGCACAAUCGGUUGUCGAAGUUGCAAGAUAAUAAUG